UCUUAAAUUCAAAGUAUGUGGAGCUUUUCAAAUGGGAGGAAAAUCUGAAGAGUAGAUUUAAUUUCUAGAGUUUAUAAUUUGUUUCAUCUCUACAACAAGGGCAUUGUCAAUCAUAUUGUUUGUGGAAAUGCGACUUUUAGCAGUAAUCCUCCAUGUAGGAGUGGCAGAAUAGAAUACCUUAUGCAGAGCUGUGUAUGCAUUUGUCAAGCUGCCUAGGCACUUGGCUUGAAGCCUGCAGGCUUUUGUAAUCAAAGCAUGAUCACGAUCACCAUGCAGUUACUACUGGGACACUGACUGAUGCCUCUGGAUGCUGUUUGGAAGCAGCCCAGGAUUGCUCAUAUUCAAAAUGCACAAAACUGAUACAGCAGUGGAUGUAAUUUUAAAGACUAAGGAGGAGAAAGAUGUGGAACUGGAUAGAAAGAUAGAAGCUUUACGGAAAAAGAAUGAAGCACUUAUGAAAAGAUAUCAGGAAAUUGAAGAAGACAAAAAAAAGGCAGAAAUGGAGGGAAUGGCUGUUACUACUCGAAAGAACAGACCCGAAAAUCUCACCAUCACUAUUACAAAAGCCCCGAAUGAAAAGAGAGUGGUCAGUGAGAAACGGAUGUUUGGAGGAUCAAGCAUUCUUAGAGGUUGUGAAUCAGAUGCAGGUCAAAGAUUUUCUGUAGGAAGAGGACAAAGACUUCGUAAAUUUGUUGUGGAGGAAAGCAAAGCAAAGGAGUGGGAGGAAAGGAGAAAGCAAAACAUAGAAAAGAUGAAUGAAGAGAUGGAGAAAAUAGCUGAAUAUGAGCGUAGCCAAAUGGAAGGAAAAGUUGACAAGAACCCAGUUAGAAAUUUCUUGGAUGACCGUCGGCGUUCAGGUCCCUUACCAGAGGGGGAUAAGCGAGUGGGCAGCCGGCGUAAUGUUCGCAACUGGGGUGGCUCAGACUUUGAGAUGGUAAAGUCUGGUAUAGAAAAGAAACGUUGGGAAAAAGGGUGUCCGGAAGGUGGUCUCCCAACUCAGAAAGGCACUGUGGACAUGACUUUAUUGAUGACUGGCCGGGAGAGAGCAGAGUAUGUCCGUUGGAAGAAGGAACGGGAGCAGAUAGAUCAAGAGAGGCUAGCACGUCACAAAAACUCUAAGGGAGAAUGGAAAAGAGCAUGGGAUGCAAACAAAACUGAGGACAUGUUUCGAGAAGAUUUUACUGUGGAAAAUGAGCUUGUCUUUCACAAAAGAAAAGGUCACUGUUUAAAAUUGUGUAGUGGAAGAAACACAAGGAAAUGCAGUGGACGAUUUCAGCACCAUGAUGCACGAGAUGAUGGAAAUCAUUCCGACAAGACCAAAGAAUUGUUUCCGUGGUCUGAAGCUACAGAUAACAGUAAAUCAAAAGGCAAAAACAGAUUGACUGGAAGAGCCAGAAACUUUAAAUUGGAUAUAAAAGAGAAGAAUGAAAUACAAAGAGACACUGGAGGACAAAAGGUGGAGACAGUCACAGAAGAACAUACGAAGCAAAAGGUAAAUGAAGAUGAAGAGUUGAGGAAGAAUGCUGACUUAGAUGUGGUCAUGUUUGAUUGGCAGGAGGUUGAAGAAGGCACUGAUGACUGCAUGAAUGGGGAGUGGGAAACUAUCGAGACACGUGACUCCCAGACAAGCUCUGUCAAUUGCAAAGCUGAUCCUGGAGCUCCGGUGGAUGCUGAAGGGACUGUAAACAAGCCGAAACCUUGCAGCAGUAAGUUGGGUAAUCUAUCACUGGUCGAAGAGUUGAUGCGGAUCAGGCCUAUAUUACACCAUAAUGUUCCAGGCAAAAACAAUUCUGAUUUCCUUUCAGAAAGUGGAAUUUCAGGUCAUGCUGUUCUCACAGGGAAUGACAUGCAGGACCUUGAAGAAACAGGAAAUGUGUUAAAUUAUUGUUCCUCCUCAGACUCUAGUAAGAAGUCAGUAUCAGUUGCCUCUGAUGCAAUAGCAGACCAACUCCGUACUUCAGAGGAUCAUUUACCAUUAAAAGACAGAAAUCCACUUGGACUUGAGUUGUCUGGUUGCCCUAACUCUCUGGAUGGUAAUGCUGUAGUUCUGGAGAAAAGCACAUUAAUUGCUGUUUGUGAUGAAGAAAACAAAUGUUCUUCUGCAGCUGGUAUUACAGCCAAAGGUUUGGCAGUGAGUGUGAAAUUACAGGAUCAGACUGCAGAGGAAUUUGCUGGGAAAUUGCAGCCAGCUCUGAUAGCAGACUGUGCAGAAACUUUGCAGGAUCACCAAGAUACCAGUUUCCCUACUUCCAGUGUUGGAAUUGUUUCUUCUGUGUAUCAUCCAGAGAAGUAUCAAGAGGAACUGUCCAAAGGAAACUUAAGAACUGACACUGAUUGUAAAGAAAUUAAAGGGACACCAGAUGUUUCAGCAGUUGCUUUGAAGCCAAGCUCAAAGGUAUCACCCGAUGCUGCUAUUUUAGACAUUACCAGUACUAUAAUUGGGAUGAUGAUUGAAGAAAAAUGAACUGCCAUACUGACGGUAUUAAUCAAGAUAUCGAGAUUCUCUGCUUCUUGAGUGCACUCCUCACAUCAGUAAUUUAUUGACAGUAUCUCUCUUGCAGUGUCUAAGCUAUAAGCUUCAUAGUGCACCAAUAAUUUUAAGAAAUCAGAAACCUUAUAUUAACUGAGGCCAUAUAUGUUACUCAUUAUCAAGCAGAAAUACAAUAUUAAUUUCACUUCUAUUAUUUUAUUUGUUGCAAUUACAGUAUAUUUAAGCACUUUAUUUCUACUAUAUAAUUUUAUUUGAAUUUUGAGAAUGUGCAUAUGGUGUGGUGGUUGCAGAAUAGGUAAUGCUUGAAAGAUGGAUUCAAUUUAAAAAUAAAAUUGUUCUCUAAAUGUGAUUUAAUUUAGGAUCUGGGUUUAACACGUGUUUUAAAAAUUUUUGGCCUCUUUAUAGGACAUACAGGUUUCAACAAUUGCCUGUGGACAAUAUUGAUGUGAAUUGUGUGUGCAUUGCUGUUAUAUUUAUGCUUUGCUAACAGAAUUGGUUUAGAAGGUUGUAACUUAGUCCCUGUCAGAAAAUCCAGAACAAAACAUUAAUGUAUGUUGAUAUGACAAGGAUAGUGUAAAGAAAGCUAACUUACAUGCUCUUCAGAUAAAGUAUAAAUAGACUCUUACAGGGUCACAGCAAAAUUAGUUUAGACUCGUCUCAAUCCAAUUUCCAGUCGACCCUGCUUAAACCUGACACCACAAUUGAUGGAUUUGACACUUCUGCUCAGACAAGAAGGUGUUCGUGUGUGUUGGGAAAUGCAAUAACUCCGCACUAGGAGAUAAGAGUAUUCAGACGUCAGGGCUGAUGAUACACUGGCAAGGCAGUCUGUCAAAAGGGGAUUGCUGCACUAAAUAUGAUUCCUCCAUGAUAUAUAACUCAACAAUAUAUUGAGUGUUCUUCCAGCCUUGUCUGUUCAGUUGGCAGCCUAUUACCCUCUGUUUUUAAAUCAUUCUUACAAGUCUACAAUCAUUUGCAUUUUGAGGAAGAAAACAAUUUACACCUGAAAUAACAGGUACAUUAAUGCAAUCUAUCCAGUUGUAUCUUGAUAACAAGCAGUAUUAUGAUGAACCUGCAGGUUACUUUUGUUGGUGUGUCUGUAUUGUUAAGUCUGUUUGUGGAAUAUGCUGACAUCAUUUAUGGCAGAUGGCAUCACAGCACGUUUUGGUACAAAGCCGCACAGAUUGGCGGAAGAAGUAGCAGCUUUUAACCAGAGUUUUCCAGGACUGAAAUCUCUCAUACUCUCAAUAUGCUGAUACCAAACAAUUCCGGCCAGAAAUUGGUAUCUGUAUAAGGCAGGUAGCAUGUUAGCUGAUUUAGCAAUUUCUGAAUUCUUGGAGCAUUACAUUGAGGUUAAUUUAUAACUUCUCAAAUUGUGCAUUAGACUUGAAAACACAAGAUUUGUCAUUGUUAAAAAAAUUGAACAUGUUGGCUAUCCCAGCAUUGUGUUCCUCGUGUUAAUGAGUGAAGAACAUAGUCUUUUUUUAAAUAGGGAGCACUUGUGUGAAUACAGUGGGUUGGCGAAGAUAUUUAGGGACUGCAAUCAUGCAGGGUUUCCAGCUUUCAUCUAUAAUUAUCAUUCUUUAAAAGCAGAAAGAUUAAAUUCAUCUGAGUGAUGCUGUUCAGUAUUAAAGGUUGGAUCGGAAUUGGGAGUUGCUACAUGAGAGAGGGUGGGAGAGAGAGAAUGCUUUUAGAUUCAGUAGCAGGCUGAAAUAUCGGGAUAGUUCUGUGUUAAUAGACAUUUUGUUUACACAUUUCAGUAGUAUAUAGUGUUUGAUAUUUUAUUUGUAUUUACAGUUGAAUUGAUAUUUUUGUUACUCGUCAUGUAACCAACAAUUAAGAUGAAGUGAGUCCUUGGAAACCACAGUUACUGAUGUACAUGCUAGGGCAUGGUUUGGAGUUUAUAUAUUUAAAGCAAUUAAUAUCUGUGGCAACCUUAGACUGGAUUGAAAGUUAGAAUAGUUCAUUUUGAAAGCUGAUAUAAAAUUCAAUGAAAUUAUUAAAAACAAAUUGUCUUGUUUUAAUUGUGCCUCUGACAGAGUUUUUCUUGUAAUCAUUGAAAAUUUCAUAUAGAGUUCAAUAACUUGUUCCUAAAAUCAAAUUGAGUUUAAUCUGUAGAAAUUGGUGAUAUCACAUUGAUUGAGAUGCAGCAUCCCACAUGAUGUACUGAAGAUUUGUGUUCAUAGUUACUCCUGCCAUCAGGAAGGUGGAGAACAGAAGCUGAGCUCUGAACACAGGCAGGGAAAAAGGCAAAAUGCAUAUCAAGUUCCUUCCUCCUGUUCACACAUUUUAGGCAGGGUCUGGAUACAGAUUAUCUGCCCAUUUGCAGAACAUAUCCUGUGACAGAGGGAAGUUUGAAAAAGCCUUAUUUAAAUGAAAACAUUUUAGGUCGAGUAUUUCCAUAUUAAAAUUGAUGAAGCCAUCAGUGGCUUCUGCCUCAAGUUGUUUCAUUGAGGAUUCAUAAAGUGCAAGUGUUGGGAAAGGGAUAUUGCUGUGGAUAAUCUAUCCAGUCUUCUAUUUUAAUACAUAAUGCAUCUUGUGAAAUGUAUGUAUUUUCUUGAUGUUCGGCUGUUUUAAUAAAUGUAACUAUUUUGAGUUUGUGAAAUAGUUAAUAACGUGGCGUGUUUUUGCAGAAGUGACAAGUGAUUUGAAUGGAUGGAGCCACUGA